UCUGCGAAGCAACGAUGGCGACAGAAUCUCCGCGCCGCCCCAGUCGAUGUACUGGAGGAGUGGUGGUUCGCCCACAAGCUGUCACGGAACAGUCGUAUAUGGAAAGCGUUGUUACAUUUCUUCAGGAUGUUGUGCCACAGGCCUACAGUGGCACCCCACCAGCAGAAGAAAAGGAGAAGAUCGUCUGGGUCAGAUUUGAAAAUGCAGAUUUGAAUGAUACAUCAAGGAAUAUGGAGUUCCAUGAAAUACAUAGCACUGGGAAUGAACCACCGUUACUGCUAAUGAUCGGAUACAGUGAUGGAAUGCAAGUCUGGAGCAUACCUAUCAGUGGUGAAGCUCAGGAGCUCUUUUCUGUCCGCCAUGGUCCGGUUCGAGCCGCACGGAUUUUACCAGCUCCACAAAUCAGUGCUCAGAAAUGUGAUAAUUUUUCUGAGAAACGGCCUCUUCUUGGUGUAUGCAAGAGCAUUGGAUCUUCUGG